CCAAAGCCAAAGAUGGAUAAAAAAAUAAGAGAAAUAUUAAACAAUCAAUACGGAAAAUUUGGUGGUGCAUUAAGUCGAGAAACACAAAAGGACGAAAACAUUGAAGAAUAUCAAAAUCUAAUUGAUAAGGAUUAUUAUCCAUAUGUGUGGUUUCAGAUAGAGUUCAAUGUUAAAAAGAUUGCAUCAUCAUAG